GCUGCUCAUUUCACAAUAAAGACCAAACUGUUGCUCUCACGUUUCAGGCGCUGGAGGGGAAUCGAAAAACGGCCCACCACCAGGCUGAAAUGCAGGCCCUGAUGAACGGAAGCUCUGGCGACAUUGAGACGGCGGCAGGUGGCGCCACCGGUUCCAACAUAGCCGUCUCGCCGAUGAAGAGUGGCGGGAAGAUGGCGAUGGUCGAUAACAACCUUUAUGACAUUCAACGGCGGCCGAGAGACGGAGAGAGGAAGGCGCGACCGAUGUCCGUCCCCGGGGGAAGACAGCUGCUCAUCGACAGACCUCCGCAGUCUCCCUCGGAGAAGCCGCGUCCUCUCCCGCGCUCCUCCUCUCUCAAGUCCUCCGAGAAGCUCCUCGCUGGUCUCCCGCCGACGAUGCGACCAGUCUCUCUCUACCUCGGCGACGAGGAGGAGGAGUACCCUCCUCCCCCUCCCCGCCGCACCACAUCGCUGGAGCGGCUCCGCGUGAUCGACUUUGGGGAGCAGCUGAAGCCGCAUCCGAAACCCAAGGUCAGCGAGAAGCCCAAGGUCACGCCGUCGCCGGAGAAACUCAAGGUCACGCCUUCGCCGGAGAAGUCGAAGAUCUCCGCCGUCGUUGAGAAGGGGAAGCCAUCGGCGGCGCGGACGGGAGGAGGUGCCUCCCCGGAGAAGGCAGCUUCUUCAUCCUCUUCUUCUGCUCCUACGCCCGCAGCCAUCAUCAGCGCGGAGAAACCGAAGGGGACGCCGGCAGGGGAGAAGCCCAGACCGCGGCUGGAGAAGACGAAAGCUGUGAUGGAGAGACACUCUCCCUCCCCCGCCCCUGCUCCUACCCCCGCUCCGGUGGUCAAGCCGCGUCCGACGCCGGACCAGCCGCUAGUCACUGUCCCGGACAAACCGAGAAUCGCCGUGACGGAGAAACCGCGGAUCGUCAUCCGACCGCGGGAACCCGGCGGGGGAGGAGCAGCAGGAGGAGGAGGGGGAGGAGGUCGGAGUAAACCCGCGGGAAGGGCCGACGCCGUGAGAGCCGCCGACGCGAGGCGGGACGACGGCAGGGAUGCGAAAGCAGCCGCGCGGCCCGAUAAACCGUCGAAACCGGACCGGCUUAUACAGCUGGGCGGUGUUAAGGUGCUUCCAACGCUGCCGCCGCCGCAGCUGCACCCGCCGCAGGGAAACGCGUGGUCCGAGCAUCGGGGGACGACAAAGGAAGCCGCCGGGAAGACGAAGCCAAUGGUGAGAUCAGCAGCAGAGAAGCUGAGUACUCUCGAUUCCAUCGUCCCCGCCCCACUGAAGCCAUCCAUGAAACAACACCAGCAGCAGCAGCAUCAACCGAAUCAGAAGCAGCAGCAGCAGCAGCAGCAACAACAGCAGCAACAACAGCAGCAGCAACAACAGCAGCAGCAAAAUCAGAAGAAGCAGCAGCAGCCGCAGUCAUACUCAGGGUGCGAGGUGCCGGGACACCUCUUCGACAAGGACAUGGACGCGAGCGCGCCGACGUACGUGCCGUUCUCUCGCGUCGACGACACGUGCAGCUCCAACCAGAGCACGCUGCAGAAACCCGUCGCCGCGCUCGUCGAGCGCCAGGCGGCGCCCGAGUCGUCGUCGCGCAACAACGAUAUGCUCGUCGGCAGCGACAUCUACCGGGCGCGACUGCCGACGCCGCCGCCGUCGCCGCCGCCGCCGCUGCGCGUGUCUCUGUCGUCGACGAAUAGUAACGACGAGGUUGCGGGUCCGUCGACGCCUCCGCCGCUACCGCCACCUGUCGACUACCUCCAGAACGGCAAGGCGCAGCGAUACAACGCCGUAUGA